AGGGUGGCUCUGAUUCAAAACACACCACUGGGACUGGGUCAGUCAAACAAACAGUGUUAGACAGGCACUGGUGUUAGGUUGAGGAUAAAAAUUGUGCGGGGGUGCAAAUACAUGCUGCUGGUAAAGGUCAAGCUCAUAAGACUUGGCAAAAUUAAAAUGGAUGAAGGCUUAAGCGCAUCGCUCGCGCCAUGGUUAUGAUGAAUUGUGUGUGGGGUGGAAACAGAGACUGUUACUACCACGGGGCUAAAAAGUCAAGCUCAUAAGACUUGGCAAAAUUAUAUUGGCACCCUAAACUAAAAAUGGCGAUGAUGGUGGAUCCACCGAACGGCAUGGGAAACCACGGGAAGCACUACUACACCAUGUGGCAGACCAUGUUCGAGAUCGACACCAAGUACGUGCCGAUCAAGCCCAUCGGAAGAGGAGCCUACGGGAUAGUUUGCUCCUCGAUCAACCAGGAGACCAACGAGAAGGUCGCCAUCAAGAAGAUAAACAACGUCUUUGACAACCGCGUGGAUGCGCUGAGGACGCUGCGCGAGCUGAAGCUCCUUCGGCACCUGCGCCAUGAGAAUGUCAUUGCCUUGAAGGAUAUAAUGAUGCCGAUACAUAGGAGGAGCUUCAAGGAUGUCUACUUGGUCUCCGAGCUCAUGGACACGGAUCUGCAUCAGAUUGUCAAGUCGUCUCAGCCGCUGUCCAAUGACCACUGUCAGUAUUUCCUUUUUCAGCUGCUCCGAGGACUGAAGUACCUUCAUUCAGCAGGGAUACUCCAUAGAGACCUGAAGCCUGGGAACCUUCUGGUCAAUGCAAACUGUGACCUGAAGAUCUGUGACUUUGGUCUGGCUCGCACAAAUAACACUAAAGGUCAGUUUAUGACUGAAUACGUUGUCACCCGCUGGUACAGAGCUCCCGAGCUGCUGCUCUGCUGCGACAACUAUGGCACCUCCAUAGAUGUCUGGUCUGUUGGCUGCAUCUUUGCUGAGCUACUUGGCCGCAAGCCGAUCUUUCCAGGAACCGAGUGCCUUAAUCAGCUUAAGCUCAUAGUCAAUGUUCUUGGCACCAUGAGCGAGGCUGACCUCGCGUUCAUUGACAACCCGAAAGCGCGCAACUACAUUAAAUCCCUUCCAUACACCCCAGGGAUUCCCCUCAGUAGCAUGUACCCGCAAGCGCACCCUCUUGCCAUUGACCUGUUGCAGAAGAUGCUUGUCUUUGACCCUUCCAAAAGGAUCAGUGUCACCCAGGCUCUGGAGCACCCCUACAUGUCCCCGCUGUAUGAUCCCAGCGCAAACCCUCCUGCGCAGGUGCCCAUCGAUCUCGACAUAGAUGAAAACAUUGGCACAGAUAUGAUCCGAGAAAUGUUGUGGCAGGAGAUGCUCCAGUACCACCCCGAGGCCGCCAGGAUGGUGAAUAUGUGACAAGCAGGAAUGAACAUGUGAGAGCAGUGUGCCACACCAGGGUCUUCACAUGUUCGUUCUUGGUAU